CGACAUGCUCUCCCUCCUUAAACUCUCCCUCCCUCUUUGCUAUUAUUACUUCCAUUUCUCACUUCUUUAUUUCAAUUUCAUUCCUUCAUUCAUACCUCCUAAUCAAUAAGGAUUAGCAAACUAAACACUAAUUAUACUAUCAAUUAUGGAUGAAGAAUACGAUGUCAUUGUUCUCGGCACUGGCCUCAAAGAAUGCAUUCUCAGCGGCCUUCUCUCUGUUGAUGGUCUCAAAGUACUACACAUGGAUAAAAACGACUAUUAUGGAGGAGAGUCAAGCUCACUUAAUUUAAUCCAGCUUUGGAAACGAUUUAGGGGAAAUGACAAGCCACCAGAAGAGUUAGGUACGAGUAAGGAAUACAAUGUCGACAUGAUUCCCAAGUUUGCAAUGGCAAAUGGAACUCUUGUCCGUGUGCUCAUCCACACCGAUGUUACCAAGUACUUGAACUUCAAGGCUGUAGACGGUAGUUUUGUGUACAAUAAAGGGAAGAUCUACAAAGUUCCAGCAACUGAUGUUGAAGCUCUGAAAUCCCCAUUGAUGGGGCUUUUUGAAAAGCGCAGAGCUCGGAAGUUCUUUCUUUAUGUGCAAGAUUUUGAAGAGAGUGAUCCGAAAACUCAUGAAGGGAUGGAUUUGAACAAAAUCACUGCAAAAGAAUUCAUUGCGAAAUAUGAACUUGAAGAUGAUACCAUUGACUUUAUUGGACAUGCCUUGGCACUCUGUACAGAUGAUAACUAUUUGAACCAACCAGCUCUGGAUUUCGUAAAGAGAGUAAAGCUUUAUGCAGAGUCUUUAGCACGCUUUCAAGCAGGAUCACCCUAUAUUUAUCCGUUGUAUGGACUGGGAGAAUUACCACAGGCGUUUGCACGUCUGAGUGCAGUUUAUGGUGGAACUUACAUGCUUAACAAGCCGCAGUGUAAGGUGGAGUUUGAUGAAAGUGGAAAAGUUGUUGGUGUGACUUCUGAAGGAGAAACUGCUAAAUGCAAGAAAGUUGUUUGUGAUCCGUCAUAUUUACCUGAUAAGGUCCAGAAGGUUGGAAAAGUUGCUCGUGCAAUUUGUAUAAUGAGCCAUCCCAUUCCUAACACUAACGAUUCUCAUUCAGCCCAGGUCAUUCUACCACAGAAGCAACUUGGUCGCAAAUCAGACAUGUACCUGUUCUGUUGUUCCUACUCCCACAAUGUCGCUCCAAAAGGGAAAUAUAUUGCCUUUGUUUCGACAGAAGCUGAAACCGAUGACCCCGAGAAAGAACUGAAGCCUGGCGUAGACAUACUUGGGGCUGUCGAUGAGAUAUUUUAUGAAACUUUAGACAGAUUCGUACCUUCACAUGACUCUGCUGCUGAUAAUUGUUUCAUAUCUAAAAGCUAUGAUUCAACGACACACUUUGAGUCCACGGUAAUGGAUGUGCUAGAUAUGUACACCAAGAUAACGGGAAAGGUCGUUGACUUGUCAGUGGACUUGAGUGCUGCAAGUGCUACUGCUGAAGAAUAACCUUAUUGUAUCCACUUCAUAUGCUGCAAAAUAAGUCAUUAGAAGCCAAUUUUGUAUUGAAGAAUAUAUUCAGUGAAGAAACCCCUAGUUGAUCCCUAAAAUGGACUUUGUUGGAGGGAAGCACUUGCUGUAAUGUCUUAGGUGAUCUUGCAGUAACUGCUUUCGCAAGAUUGAUUCAUUCUCCCCCAACCCACCACCACCGACCCCCUAAUCAAGGACUUAUUUUUCAUGUCCCCUAUGGUUCAUUUACGAUACUUUUGGAAAGGUUUAAGAAUAGUUUCUACAGAUCCUUUCCAUUAUUAGUUCAUGGUUACUACUAUACUGAUUUCAUUUUUCAUCUUGUAAGGAUUUAAUAAUUGUUAUUUUGUCAAAGGGAUGAUGGUGGAACUAGAAUUUAGUUUCAACUAUGGGAACGUCUAUAAACCCUAUAAAUUUGAAGGUCAUAAA